UUUUAGUCGGCCUUGUAAAUUUUUAGACCAUGAGUUUGGGUAUCACGCUUUAGACAAAAUAGAAUAUGAAAUAAAUAUUUUAUAUUUUUUAAAAUGAGCAAUUUAAAAUUAUUUUCAAAUAAUUGUAUAAGUUAUUUGAUUAAAUAUUCGAUUCGAAAUAUAGGAACGUCAUCAUCUUUAUAUGGCAAACGAAACUUUAGAAAAUUUUUGGUAUUAAAUAAAAGAGGAACAAGAAUCUUUAAAGAACAACAAAAAAUAAAGCCUCAUCCGAAAAUACCAAUAGAUAAGCGAGGUGUUCGAGACACCGGAUUUGUCGAAAACGGGGAAUUUAAAGAAAUUCCGGAAAAAAUUCCUUUAUUAGUGGUACCAGACUUAAAGGAUUGCAAAUUAAAACCCUACGUAUCCUACAAAGCUCCGGAAGUAGUUCAACCAGAAUUCACGAGUAUAGAUCUUUUCAAUGCCAUAUACGCUAACAAAAUUGUUGAUGAUUUCGCUAAAAAUAAGCUUGAUAUAAGUGGUAAUCCUUUAGAACCAACAGAAGAAGAAAAAUUAACUCCUGAAGAAGCAUGGAUAAAUGCAAGAAAAUGUGGAUCUGACUUAUUUUGAAAUAUUUUGUUUACAAUUUAUUCAGCAAAUAUAAAUAAAAAUCUUAAGUACUU